AUGGACGACAAUAACCGCCUUCGACUGAACUUCCAGUUCGACAGCCAACACCAAGGGGCCGCCGCUGAUCCUCGAUUCUACCCUACCACUCCUUCCACCUUUCCCCAACCCAUCUAUGGGCAACAGCAGCAUGACUUUGCCCUCUCCCCCAACCCAAACCAGCAGCAAGGUUAUUUCCUGAGUCAUCCCUACACUCAAGCCAACCCACAAUACGCUCAGCAGUAUGGCUACCAGCAAAACCUUCAGUCACCUCAGGCUGCCUACCAAAUGAACGCAAGGCCAUACAUGCAGAACCAAGUCAAUGAUGGAACAGGUGGCCUAGUACAGCAGUUUCAAAAUCAUGACCUCUCCACUACUCCCCGCCCUGGCCAGACAAACCGAACUCCCUCUCCUGCCACUGCUCCUAGACCGAGGACUGCUGGUGAUGCUCGAAACCAACCCUACCAGACACAUUUACAACCGCCUAUGCCAUCUAGGGCAGCCCAGAAAGCACCUGAGGAGGAAGAAGUGCAAAAUCCUGCAAAGUACUCUGAUAAUGUGCGCAAACGAGGUACUGCUGCCAAACAACUCGUCAAUAGCUUCUUCCAAGAGAAUAUCGAACGUGCCAGAGAUCGGAAUGCCCGAGGCAAGGAGCUGGACGCUAUUCUGAAGGAUCCCUCCAUUCCUGAGCUCCAGAAGCAGAAGGAAGCCAACAACCUCGCUCAGAAAGAGGCCCGAUUCCUGCGAUUCAUCAGGACGAGAGAGAGCCCUCAGAACUUCUCCACGAUCAAGAUCAUUGGUAAAGGAGCCUUUGGCGAGGUCAAACUGGUUCAACGCAAGACAGAUGGAAAGAUCUAUGCACUCAAAUCCCUCAUCAAGUCGGAAAUGUUCAAGAAGGAUCAACUGGCUCACGUUCGAGCAGAGCGGGAUAUUUUGGCCGACUCUAAAGACAAUCCCUGGCUUGUCAAGCUACAUGCCUCAUUUCAAGACAAUGCUUACCUAUAUAUGCUUAUGGAAUUUUUACCUGGUGGUGACUUGAUGACCAUGCUUAUUAAGUACGAGAUUUUCUCCGAGGACAUUACUAGGUUCUACAUGGCAGAAAUCGUUAUGGCUAUAGAGGCAGUCCACAAACUCGGCUUUCUACACAGAGAUAUCAAACCUGACAAUAUCCUACUGGAUCGAGGUGGACACAUCAAGUUGACUGAUUUUGGCUUGUCAACGGGUGGUCGCAAGCAGCACGAAAAUUCGUAUUAUCAGCAACUGCUGAAAAAUGCCAAUGACCGAGGCGGUAACCGAAACUCGAUGGCUUUCAACGAACAGAUCAAUCUUACAGUCAGCAAUCGAGGUCAAGUCAACACCUGGAGGAAGUCACGAAGACACAUGGCUUACUCAACUGUUGGUACUCCUGACUAUAUUGCGCCCGAAAUCUUUCUAGGUCAGGGCUAUACUUAUCUCUGCGAUUGGUGGUCUGUCGGUGCUAUCAUGUUUGAGUGCCUUGUAGGAUGGCCACCUUUCUGUGCCGAAGACACUCAUGACACAUAUCGAAAGAUCGUGAACUGGCGCGAGUCUCUGUAUUUCCCAGAUGAGCUAGUCUUGGGUCGCGAUGCCGAGGAUAUGAUCCGAGGAUUCUUGUGCGACGCGAACGAUCGAAUCGGUAAAGAAGGUGGUGCCCACGACGGUGCCUCACAGAUUAAGCGACAUCCAUUCUUCAGAGGUGUGGUUUGGGAUCAAUUAAGGAAGAUAAGAGCUCCCUUUGAGCCCAAGCUGACAUCCAACAUUGAUGUUAGCUAUUUCCCUAUCGAUGAAAUUCCUCAAGAGGACACUUCUGCCAUUCACCGAGCUCAGGCGCGUCAAACUGCACCCGAGCAGGACGCAGAGAUGAGCUUGCCUUUCAUUGGCUAUACUUACAAGGCUUUCAACGCUUUCCAGAACUCUUGA